AUGCUGUAUCCACACCAACUACCAAUAGGGAUGAAUGGCCGCCGCUCAUCAACAACAACAACAACAACACGGGAUGCAAGGGCCCCACGUUCAACACACGGACAUUGGAUUCAGAUUCCGGGAAACGCAUGUCGUCCUGCUGGAUUACCACCACAGCGACGUUCCAGGUAUCGACUCAAAGAAUCUAUUCGGAAAUUCCUACAGGCUGAGUCCAUCAAUCAGACGGACACUACAAGAGUCGGAACCACUCUCCGUGACCGAUAUCAGCAAUACCAAGCUGGAUACCUCUAUCAACAACUGACGACGUUAUCUCCUCUGGGAAUUAGCCACACGUCUACGGGUUCCUUGUCAUGUUCCAACAAUACAAACCAUCAAACGUGCCAACUACAACCGACUCAUAAAUCAACCGGCUUCAAUCGAGACAGUGCAUUUACUACGGCCAAUAACUUGGCAUCUAUGACCUGUCCUCCAGCAGAUGACGCUCAUGUGACCAAGACACAGGAUGGAGUCACACCGGGAAAAUCAACCACUGGCAGCAACACAUGCAAGCACGGUGCACAAGAUGAAACUCACAAUGAAGUCUCCUAUGACACAACAAUCUCGACCAAACAAACAACUGGAAUGCUCAAAAGCGCUGCUAUUUGGCUGCAGGCUACCACUGAUACAAUGCUAUCUAGUGUCACAAGUCAUAGCAAUAUUAUGUUUGCAACAAAAAUUGAUCUAAUGCACUAA